ACAAAAAAGAACCACACAAACCCUCACACUCUUAAUUACCUCUUCUUCUUACAAGUCUUCUACUAAUAGUACUAUUCCUUUGAUAUUUCCCAAACUUACAAAGAAAACAUGACACAAGAAGAAGAAGAAGUUGUACUUUUAGAUUAUUGGCCUAGUCCUUUUGGAACAAUGGCAAGAAUUGCCCUAGUUGAAAAAGGAGUCAACUACAUCCACAAGUUUGAGGAUUUGUCUAAUAAAAGUCCUUUGCUUUUGGAAAUGAACCCGGUUCAUCACAAAAUACCGGUUCUUGUUCAUAAGGGUAAAUCUAUUUGUGAAUCAAAUAUCAUAAUUCAAUAUAUUGAUGAGAUUUGGAAAAACAAUUUUCCCUUAUUGCCCUGUGAACCUUACCAAAGAGCUAAAGCUAGGUUCUUGGUUGACUUCAUCAACAAGAAGGUACAUGGGUCAAGUGUAAAGGUAUGGAUGGGGCAAAAUGAAGAGCAAGAAGAUGGUAAGAAAGAACUUGUAGAAUGGUCAAAGUUUUUGGAAGAAGAACUUGGAGACAAACUUUAUUUUGGAGGAGAUGAAUUUGGAUUUGUAGACAUUGCAUUUGUUCCUUUCUACAAUUGGCUUAUUGUCUUCAAGACCUUUGCAAAUUUCAACACAAUUGAAAUAGAAUGUCCCAAGUUAGUGAUGUGGGGAGAAAGGUGUUUGAAAAGAGACUCAGUAUCCAAGUCACUUCCUACUUCAGAUCAAGUCUAUCAAGCUUAUUUGGAAUUCAAGAAAGGUUGGUCACAUGGUUUACGAGAGUGGAAAGAGAAUAUGGACUACAAAAGGGGAAGAUCAAGAAGCAGCCAAGAAAGAAUUCAUAGAGUGCCUAAAGUUAUUGGAAGGAGAGUUGGUAGAUAAGCCAUAUUUCAAUGGAGAAAAUUUUGGGUUUGUGGAUUUGGCUUUAAUUCCUUUCUAUAGUUGGUUCCCAACUUUUGAGAAAUUUGGG